AUGCUGUCUCCUUGGCUUGACAGAAGGCUUUGGGCUCUGUUUGCUCUUGCCUCUUUUGGAAAGGCUUCCCCUGCGCCUCCUACAGUUACAUCGGGACCGGUUGUCAAGCUCAAUUAUGGCUCCUUUCAGGGACAGGUAUCGGGCAAUGUAGAGACCUUUCUCGGGAUGCCCUUUGCUGCCCCACCCAUUGGAAAUCUUCGCUUUGCGCCACCUCAACCACCGGUAAAGUUCAAAGGUAUCCGUCAGGCGAGUAAUUUUGGAGCAGCCUGUUUUCAACAAUCAACAAACGCAUCCGCUUUGGGACCUCUCGCGGCAAUAAUCAAUGAACUAAUCGCCAACGGGUCUCCUGGACCGGCUGUAGUAUCUGAAGAUUGUCUCUUCAUCAAUGUCGUCAAACCUGCAAAUAUACCUCCAGGGAAGACUCUCCCAGUUCUAUUUUGGAUUUAUGGAGGUGGAUUUGAAGCUGGAGACACCUCAUUUAAUCCAGGAAAUACUGUAGUUUCUCGAUCGAUUGCGUUGGGAGAACCUGUUAUAUAUGUAUCAGCCAACUAUCGUCUAAGCGCACUCGGGUGGUUGGCCUCGAAGGAGGUUAAAGAAGCUGGCCUUGGUAACGCAGGGCUGCGAGAUCAACGCUUCGCUAUGCAGUGGGUCCAGGACCACAUCAGAUUUUUUGGGGGAGAUCCGAAAAGAGUCACAAUUUGGGGCGAAAGCGCGGGUGCUAUCUCCGUUGGUUCACACUUGGUAAUUAACGAUGGAAAUCCUGCUGGUCUUUUCCAUGGUGCAGUCAUGGAGUCCGGUUCACCCGUUCCAAUGCAAGAUAUCACUUCUAAGCAACCCGUCUUUGACCAGUUGGUUGCAAGCACAGGAUGUACCGGCCAGAAGGAUCCUAUUCAAUGCAUGAGAGCUGUCCCAUUUGAUAAAUUCGCAGAGGCCAUGAAUUUAACACCUAACCUGUUCUCAUUUUCAAGUCUUGCGAUUCCGUGGCAGCCCACUAUUGAUGGUGAAAUAAUUGUGCGAGAUCCUCAAGUUUCAAUUCAAAAAGGCCUGUAUGCCAAGGUGCCUCUUAUUACAGGGGAUUGCGAUGAUGAGGGAACAUUGUUUUCUCUUUCCAAUGGCAAUAUCACAACCAAUGAUGAAUUUUUGGCGUACAUGCAAUCCAACUACUUCCGUGGAUUGAUUUCGAACGAUGACUUGGCUGCAGUCGGUGCUGCAUAUCCUGAUGAUAUCACAGCGGGAUCGCCCUUUGAUACCGGAACUGCCAACGCUAUCACACCCGAAUUCAAACGACUUGCUGCGGUGCAGGGAGAUCUGAUCUUCCAAGCUCCUAGACGAUUCUUCUUGCAGACUGCGUCUACCACUCAGCCAACUUUCGCAUUUUUGUUCAAGCGAGGUAAAGCGACGCCUCUUCUAGGAUCAUUCCAUGGCUCCGACAUCCCUGAAUUUUAUGGGUCCGGAACGGCGCCGGACUUCAUCGGUACCGAUGGGCUAGUCAAUUUCGCAAACACUGGGAACCCAUCGUUACCGAAGAAUCCCAUCAGUCUCCUCUCUGCUGUUGACUGGCAACCAUGGAGUUCCUCCAAGACCAGCCCUCCGUUGUUGACUUUCCUUGACCCUGCUCCGGCGAUUGCCAUCACGGCUGAUACUUUCCGUGCGACGCAAAUGGAUCUGCUAACGAAACUAUCUCUUCAACUUGAUUCUAAUCAAUGA